AUGUCAUUCCAAUUUUCAAAGUUACUGAAAAAUAUUUUUCCAGAAAUAACAAGGGAAAAAGAAAAAAGAAUUGACAUUCCUAAUAUAUUGAACCUUACAGCUACCGUAUUCUGUUUAACUGAAGCAGAUUCUAAUGAAGAAUCUCUAAAAAUUCCACGAAGCGGGACAAUUAAAAAAAAACUAUACAUUGGAUUAUUUAAUAAUAACGAACAAGAAGAAGAAUUAGAAGCAUCUAGUUCUUUACAUAAUGUAGCAAGUACUAUUGCUUCCAGCUCUUCAUACAAUAUAAAAAGUACUUUGGAAUAUAAUAAUGUUUCAAAUAAUAAUAAUAAUGAACCUGAUGAAUUAAAUGAAAAUAAUAUACUUGAAUUCAAAAGUAUUAAUGCAGAAUAUAAUAAUAAUUUGAAUAUUUUUAAUGAACUACCUUCAAAACCUUUCAACAUGACUGAUAUUUUUAAAGGCAUUCAAAAGUUUUUAAGAAAUCAAGAGAAUAUUUUCAAAAAAAUCACAACCAUUGUUAUUUCUAAAAGCAAAGAUCCUGUUAUAGAGAUUUUUAAUUGGAUUCAAAAAUGCAAUAGUCAAAUGUUGUUGGAUAAAAUUAACUAA